AUGCCAGAGCUGGAGCAGCUCAGUGCCCCCAGGGCCCCCGUGGAUGCUGGCCACAUCCAGAGGAAUCUCCUGGAGGAGCACGUGGAGCUGUGGUGGUUCCAGGACCCAAAGCGGUCGAUCCUGUGCUAUGGUGUAGCUGUGGUGUUGAUCCUGGCCUGUGGUGCCGGGGGCAUCGUGCUACUCUACAGCACCAGCAGCCGGUCUGGGGAGUGGCGGCUGGCGGUGGGCACCACACUCUGCCUCCUGGCUCUGCUGGUGCUACUGAAGCAGCUGCUGAGCUCUGCCAUCCAGGACAUGAACUGCAUCCGCAGCCGCGACCAGAUCGAGCUGCUCAAGAGCGGUGGCUUCUCAGACUGCAUCAUGCUGCUGCUCAGUGCCCUGGUGCUGCUGGUGUGCGGCGUGGUGCUCACCAUCCUCUCCACCACCACCAUGCAGCUCAGCCCUGCCCGGCCCCUGGCCAGCAUGUUCACUAGCGGCGUUGUGCUAGUGGCCACGGGGGCAGCCAUCCUGUUUUGCCUGCUGCUCUACCUCCUCUGGAUGUCCUGCUGCCCCCCCGUGCCCCGUGAGCUGGACUCCAGAGACAUCAGCGUCUUCACCAUCUCGGGGCAGCUUGUCACUAACCGGCGCCUACCUGCCACCUCCAGCAUGGCCAACCUCAUCUGACCCUGGCCCCGGCCAUCCCUUCCCACACAGCUAACCUCAUUUGACCUUGGGGCCCCGUCUCACGUGGCUGAGUGGGACAUGCCUGCAGGGUCGGGGUGGGGGGGAGGUGGGCACUGGGCAAACUAGCACCAUGCUCUGCUUGUCCUGGAGGCAGCAGCAUUUGCACUUUACCUCGGGCUAUGAGCACUGUGGGGAGUGGGCAUCUCUGGCCUGGUGAGGUCUGACUGAGAUGCUGCAAGUGGGCAUCUGACUGAGAUGCUGUGAGAGUGAAACCCUUCAGCCACCGCAGGCAGAGAAGGGUGCGUGGUGGGAACAUGGCCAGGGGCCCUGUGACCCGUGAUAGGGGGAGGGCAGUGGUGCAUCCAGGCGUGUGGUUGGGGCAUGCUGUCCCAGGAGUGUUCAUGUGGGAUUUUCCUGGGGCGUGUGACCAAGAGGCAUCAGUGCUCAGUAUGAGUUGGGGGCAUUUGUCUGUGUGGUAGCUUCUGGGGCAUGGGAUGUCUGAACUGGUGCAAGUGAUGACUGUGCUGUCAGGGUGAGGCUGGAGCUCUGUGGCUCAGCACUGGACACGUUAUUGUUCUGCCUGUGGCGUGGGGUGCAGAGGACCAUUAUUACAACUGCAAGCCUGGCCCAGGGGGGAUCCGUGGCCUCUGAUGACCACUGAUGGGUUGUGGCAAUGUAAAUCUGGACUCGGAGCUGGGGCACAGGCAGGAAGGGCAGCUGCUGCAGUCAGGUGCAAGAGCUUAGCUUUCAGCACAGCACCACAGCAGCUCUGCCGGUUGCUGCCCCAGGUCACUAGGGACAGGGACAGGGUACCCAGGCCGUCCCGUGCCCUGUGCUGCCCUGAUCCUGUCAGGGCACAUUUGUCUUGUAAAUCCGCCCAGCCGCCGGCCUCCUGCCAGCCGUGCGUAUCCGUGGGCCAUGCCUGGCCUAGCCCAAUCUGGCAGCGUCAGCCUCUGCCUGUGGCUGUGAGCUCGACACUGUAGCAUCUGGGGGUUCAGCCUGAAUGUGCUCUGAGUUGCAACCCCUCGCUUCUGUCCUUGGGUGCAUCCCUUCACAUGUGCAAGCCUGUCCCUCUGCCGCCCGCCCUCAGCCAGCUCCGACCUUCCGGUCAGCCUGUCCACCCAGGCUGUGACCUGGCCCUGGCCCACUUUGACAACCUGCUCUCCCGUCCCCUCCCCACUCGGCCCCCAAAUUGCUGCGCUCUUGGGGCUGCAGCUCCUGAGCCCAGGUGCAGUGCGGCAGGGACAGACACCCACAGGUACUGAGGUCUGUACACUGGGACCACUUCCCCCAUGUUCUGGGCCAUGGCACAGCCCCAAGCUGCAUUGUUCACCCUGCAGCCACGGCAUCCCCCCAGAGUGCUGCUCUGCCUUGGUCCCCUGGUGCUCACCCUCCCCUCAAACCUCUGGAUUCCCCAGGGUGUUCCCCAGGUUAAAGUGUAGCACCUCUGUUGUGUGCAACAGCACUGCCCCCCCCCACCCCGGCCCGGGCAGCAGCCUGGGCUGUGUGGGCACCUGGGAGGGGAGGACCGGCGAGCACAAGGAUGAUGUGAAUCACCCAAGGGCACAGGGCAGCUUGGUGUCAGGGCUGGGAACAGCACUUGCAGGAGGAAGGAGCCUGGCUGCGUCUGGCUGGCCAGGAGUGGGUGUGCAGUGAUUUCCACCCCCCCACCCGGCUACAGUGUUGGGGGGG